AUGGCUGGCUUCCGUCUUAUUGAUGUGGCAAAGCCCUUUUUGCCCCUCCUACCCGAAGUUGAAUUGCCUUACGAGAAGAUUGGUUUUGAUGACAAGAUUGUGUACACUCUAAUCUCCGGAUUGAUCUUUCUUUUCGCCCAAUUUCCUCUAGCGGGUAUUUCAAAGGAGUCAACCAAUGUUUUGGACCCUAUUUACUUCUUGAGAAGUAUUUUUGCUUCGGAGCCAAAGACGUUACUAGAGUUCGGUUUAUUUCCUGUGGUGUCUUCAGCUUUGAUUAUGCAACUACUCGCUGGUUUGAAAUUGAUCAAGGUUAACUUCAAAUUGCGUCAAGACAGAGAGCUUUUCCAAAGCACGACAAAACUAUUUGCUAUUGCCCAAUAUUUUGUUCUUGCCAACAUCUUCAUUUUCUCUGGGUACUAUGGCAACAACCUUUCUUUAACUGCUAUUGUUCUUUUGAACUUGCAAUUGGUAGGUGCAGGCUUCUUUGUCACCCUUUUGGUGGAAGUUGUGGACAAAGGACAUGGCUUUGCCUCAGGUGCUAUGGCAAUUACCACUAUAACAAUUGCCACUAAUUUCGUGGCUGAUGUUUUGGGUAUCAACCAGUUUCCUGUUGACGAUGAAGGUCACACUGAACCCCAAGGCGCUUUGAUCAAUCUACUUCAAUCUUUGCGUGCUAGUCACAAGACUUACACGGGAGCUGUUGUCGGUGCGUUCAACAGAGAUUACUUACCUAAUCUAACUACUGCUUUCUUGGUUGUUGGGCUAGCUGCUGCAGUUUGUCUUCUACAAAACUACAGAAUCGAACUGCCAAUCAGAUCUACCAGAGCCCGCGGUACGACUAACGUUUAUCCAAUCCGUUUGCUAUACAUUGGGGGCUUAUCCAUCUGGUUUUCCUAUGUGAUCUUAUUCUACGUCCAUAUUGCAGCUUUCUCGCUAGUUCAAUUGGUUGCUAAGAAUGAUCCAACUUCCAUCAUUUACAAGAUAGUUGGAGGUUAUGCACCAGUCAACAAUUUACUAUAUGUUCCUCAGUUUCCACUUUCCCUCUUGACCCCACCAAAGUCUUUCCUUGAAUGUUUGAUCAGACAACCUUUAACUUUGAUCACCUUCACUGCCUUCUUGGUCGGUACCGGUGCAUGGUUCGCAACCAAUUGGCAAGCAAUCAGUGGUUCGUCUGCCCGUGAUAUUGCCCAACAAUUCAAAGAGCAAGGCAUCACUUUGAUGGGUCGCAGGGAGCAAAGUGUAGCUAAGGAAUUAGAUAAAGUUGUUCCUGUUGCUUCCGCCGCUGGUGCCGUUUCCUUAGCUUUGAUAGUUUCAGCUGGUGAGCUUCUUGGAUUGAAGGGUAAGGGUGCCAGUAUUGUGCUUGGUGUUACCGGAACUUUUGCGUUACUUGAGUUGAUCACGAUGGACUAUCAACAAAGUGGUGGUCAAAGUGCCCUUGCUCAAGUUUUAGGCGCUCCUGGUGGCUCCUUUUAA